GCAACUUUUCGUCCCACAGAGCUUUUCCGAAAACUCCUGAACUACAGCCGGAAGAAUUUUGAUGACAUGUUCCAGAAGACUUACGGAAUCCUUUACAAACAGAAUGCAUUUGUUUUUACCGGACUCUAUGAUAAUUUGGAGAAUUACUAUAAUUCUGGGAAAAUCAACCUACAGGACGCGAUGGAUGCAUUCUUCAAAGAGCUUUACCAACGCAUGUUCACUGUCUUUAAUUCUCAGUAUACGUUCAAUUCAAAGUAUUUACGAUGUGUAACACGUCAUAUGGAAGAACUUCAGCCGUUUGGUGAUGUCCCCCAGAAGCUUACUACACAAAUUAAAAGAAGCUUUGUUGCGCUUCGAACUUUUGUUCAGGGCCUUGCCACAGGGAGAGAUGUAGUGCGAAAUGUCCUCAAGGUCAACCCAAGUGUGAGCUGUGUCCAUGAACUCAUGAGGAUGACUCAUUGUUCAACCUGUGAUGGUCACCAGGGAGUGCGCCCUUGCCUGCCAUACUGCAGGGAAGUGAUCAACCUUUGUCUAGCCCACCACCAGCCACUUAUUACCUACUGGAUUGCUUAUGUUGAUGCAAUGGUUGAUGUUGGUGAGAGACUAGAAAACCCAUUUAAUAUUGAAAAUGUUGUAGAACCUGUCAACUUCAAGGUGUCAGAUGCCAUUAUGAACUUCCAGGAGGCUGGCCAUGAUAUAUCCAAUAAGGUGUUUCAAGGCUGCGGAUCACCACGACUUGGACGACGCAAGAGAGCAGCUGUGGGACGUGGAGAAUUAUCUCAGGAAUUUUUAGACUUUAGUGGAGGCAAACGCGAAGAAAAGAGAGAAAGUGAAAACUUCUCUAUUAGCAGGCAUGUUCAUGAGAUCAAGACCAAGAUCAAGAAUGCACGAGACUUCUGGGGUGAAUUGCCGACCAAGAUGUGCAAGGAUGCUGUCCACCAGAGUGCUGCCAGCUGCUGGACUGGCACUAAACUUGGCAAGUACGAAAUGAAGAACAUGAAUGUCACAGAGCCAUACCAUAGCUCAGACAUGGAUGAGCAAAUUAUGCGACUGAAGGUGAUAACAAGCAAGUUGAAGGAGGCUUACCAUGGUCGUAAUGUGUCUUGGAUUGAUGAUGAGUCCUGGUUAGGCAGUGGUAACAAACAAGAUGAUGAUAGCGACUCUGAAGAAGAAGGGAGUGGCAGUGGCUGGCACUCUUCAGGUCAUUAUCCCCCUGAUGAUGAAGAUGCCUAUCCUGGCUCAGGUGGUGGUUUUGAUUAUGAAGAUUAUAACAGGGAAGGAUCAGGUUCCAAGAGGACGCAUGUGACCAAUGUUGGAAACAGGCCUUCUCCAUAUGAUCCCUAUAAGCCAGUUAAACCCCACCCACCUCCAAACCAUAACAUUCCUUCAGGUGUGCCUGAACAGCCACCCUCUGCUGCUGCCAAAGAAACCAUGUCUCUCUCCCGUGCCAUCACCAUCUACAUGCUGCCAGCCUUCAUAAUGUUUCUUGGGUCUCUGGCCUAAGGAUGUCUCCAUUUUGUAGCUCAAACCCUGGUGAAGGUGAAACCAGGAUGAAUCAGGGAGUGGUGUGGAACAGACUAAAAGCACCAUCAGGAAUCAUUGAUGUUAUGUGCAUGUGGUCCUUGCUGUCUGUGGCUGCAGUGUUGCAGUUUGACAGUAAUGGGGACAAGGUCACCACAAGUUUCACAGUGUCACAAAGUAUGUGUAAAGAUGACUGACUAAUCACAGUGACAAGAAAAAUCCAAUUUUUAUAUCAAGACUGUUUGCUUAGUCAUGAGGCCAAGAAUAAGUUACAUGAUGUGAGUCAUAUCAGAAUAAGAAUGAGUAAUUGCAAAUAUAGAAACAAUCAGACAUCUCAGUCAAGGGAGAUAUAUCUGUGUGCGUGUGCAUGUGCAUGUGCAUGUGUGUGGGUGUGUGUGUGUGUGUGUGUGUACGUGCCUGUGCACAAGUGUGCAAGGAUGAUGUAUGCAUGUAUGUCACCAACUCUCACAGUUGUGUAAUAAAGUGAAGGAAGUGCAUGGUGAAGGUAAGAAAGCAGUCGAUAUUGAUACUGCUUGAGGAUAAUGAAGAGCAUCCUCUUCCUGGAGUGCACCAAUUAACUGAGCAUGUUUUGUAUUUUGAAAAGUUUGAAACUGAUAUAUAUACAAAAGUGAAGGAUUAUAGUUCUUAUGAAUCUAUCCUUGACCGGUGUCCCUUCCAUGCAAAAAUUAGUGUGCCAUGAGUCUGGACCUAUGUAGGAUUACUCUGUUUUAUUUAUUAAUGUACAGUAGUUUGUAUUGAAGCUUUUUAAAUCUAUGAGUAAUCAUCCUGUUUAUUACUUUUGCUUUACUAAUGCUGCAAAUUAGUGUAAUUUUCAUUAUAUUGAUCUGCAGCUUUAUACAAGUCCUUUUUUUGUAUUAGGGCCAUGAGAUAAAUUUUUUGUAUUUAAAAAAAAAAAGAACAAGAAUAGUUGUUAAGCAAUUUGUCUAAAUUUCUAUUUGGAAAUAAAUGCAUGCACUUAUUUUAUCGCUGUGAUAGGUGAAAACAUCAAAUAUAAUCCUGGUCGUUAAUCAAAACUUGCCCGUCCAGGCAUAAGAUAUAUCUGAAUCAUUUUGGAUGUAGUUCAUUUCCAUGGAACAGUAUGUUUUUCUUUAUAUAUAUAAUUUCUUUUAUUAUUUUCCUUUUUUAUUCAUAAGUACAUAUAGCACACUGUGUAUGAAUGAAUCAAUUUGUGUGUGUGUGUGUGUGUGUGUGUAAACUUCAUAUACCCUUUGUCUCUCAUAGAGUGAAAAGUCAUUUCUUACAUCAUCCUGUAUCAUUGCAUUGUCAUGUGUUAUAAUCUAUCCAUGUAACUGUGUCUUUUUUUCAUCCUUUUCUCUGUGGGAAAGUGAAUCUUAUUGGUAUAUGGUAAUUUGAUUACUUGCAUAUAAGCUAUGAUGUUUUGGAAGCAUAAUGUAGCCCAACAAGACCUCUUACCCUAGGUACAAUGCUGCAGGUAGUUGAAGCAUAAGCUCUUUAAAAUAGAUGUCCUGCUAGUCAUAUCGGCAUACAUCACAUUUUCAUGCCAGAGACUUCUUGUUAAUAUCAGAAGCCAAUAGCCGGUUGAUUUUGUUUGUUAUGCUAGUAUUAUUAGCAGAUUGUAACAGGUUAUCCUAGGUGUUUUUCUUGUUGGUAUCAGUACUACACAGCAUAGGAUGUAUACUAGUUGUAAAUAAAAUCACUUUGCCAUGACAGUAAAAUGAAGUGGCAUAUUCUACAGCUAGAAUACAAGACUGUAUUAGGGAAAGAUUUAGACAGUGUUCAAAUAAAUAUUGUUUCGAAACCUG